ACAACAACAGCAAUUACUAAUGGCGGCAGCAGCAGUGGCAGCGGCAGCAGCUUGCUGCUUACUUCAGCAACAAAAGCGCUGAGAGCAACAACAGCAGCAUCCACAACUGCAAUGACAACAUCAACAACUACUUCGCGAACACCAUCGCAAUUUGUGGAAGCCUCGUUGACUUCGCUGUCAUUAACGGCAUCAUCAACAUCAUCGUCCGCCAUCGCCGCCUCUCCCUCGCUGCCAUCGUCUCCAACAACUGCCCUGGAGCUGCUCUCGACCAUCGCCAGCAACAUAACGGGUAACGCGAAUGCCAAUAUCAGCAGCGUGGUUGAAACCAGCGAACAAUUCGAAGACAGUUGGCUGGACAUGUCGCUGCUGCUGCUCAAGGGUUUCAUCUUUUCGUCAAUUAUCCUGGCCGCAGUGCUGGGCAAUGCAUUGGUCAUCAUUUCAGUGCAACGCAACCGUAAACUGCGCGUUAUAACAAAUUACUUUGUUGUGUCAUUGGCGAUGGCCGACAUGUUGGUCGCCCUCUGCGCAAUGACAUUCAACGCAUCCGUGGAGCUGUCUGGCGGCAAGUGGAUGUUUGGGCCAUUUAUGUGCAAUGUGUACAACAGUCUGGAUGUAUAUUUUUCCACGGCGAGCAUACUGCAUCUGUGCUGCAUAUCAGUGGAUAGAUACUAUGCAAUAGUGCGUCCACUGGAGUAUCCAUUGAAUAUGACUCAUCGCACUGUAUGCUUUAUGCUCGCCAACGUGUGGAUAUUACCCGCCCUUAUUUCGUUUACACCUAUUUUCCUGGGCUGGUACACAACGGCCGAACAUUUGCGCGAGAUUUCCCUGCAUCCGGAUCAAUGUUCAUUUGUGGUUAACAAGGCCUACGCACUCAUCUCCAGUUCAGUAAGCUUCUGGAUACCAGGCGUUGUCAUGCUGGUUAUGUACUGGCGCAUCUUUAAGGAGGCUGUGCGUCAGCGCAAGGCAUUGAGCCGCACCAGUUCCAACAUACUGCUGAACAGCGUUCACAUGGGCCACACCCAGCAGCCCACCAAUCUCAGCUACUUACAUCCCAGCGACUGUGAUCUCAAUGCAAAAUCCGCACGAGAGGAAACGAAUAGUGCUCUCAGCAAUUUGGAGGAUAUGCUACAGACGGCCACCGAUGAGGACGACGAUAAGGACGAGUGCGAUGAACUGCGCGUGCCAUCGCCGCCACCGCGUCGCCUUAGCCGCAGCAGCAUCGACCUGCGUGACCUUGAGCAGGAGCGUUAUGAGAAGGUUACGCACACGGACAGCGCUCCAUCGAUGAUGGCGCUGCAGCAGCAGCAGCCAGCUCUCAACCAGCUGCAGGCGCCGGUGCCUGUAUUCAAUCCGCAGAUUUGGGUCGAAACCCUAGCAAAGAAGACACCUCAGUCAGCAACAGCAACAUUUCAGCAGCAACAGAGCCUGACAAGUGGCAGCGGCAACAGCGAGCCAGAGCCGGAGUCAACGGCCUAUCGCGUGUUUGGCCUGCACAGCGAUGAUAGCGAGACGAAUGACCAUUAUGACACACACUUGCCACUGGCCGAGGACAACAAAGAGUUGAAGCGACUCAUCGAGGAUAAUUAUUUGUACUUCAAGAAGCAAACAAGCGCUGCGGGCGGCAAAUAUGCCGCACUGAGCGAGUCAGAUUUUAUUCGACUGAAGGCAGGAGCUGCGGCCAGCGGGCACAAAGCAUUUGCAGCGAGUGACUCGGAAUUUAUGCGCACCAUCAGCGAAUCGAAGGUGCCCGAUCAACUGCCCGGCAAGGAGAAGGGUUUCAAUUUCAUGUCACUGCUGGCCAAAACGAAGCGCUCUAGCGCCGAGUGCUUUGCCCUCGAACGGAAACGACAGCAGGCCAACUCCGAGGGCUCCAGUUUCUUUAGACGCUCGCGUAAUCGCAAGCUAUCACAUAGCUAUAAUGGAGGCGCCAGUAGCAGUGGCAGCGGCGGCGCCAAGGAACGCAAACUUGAGCAGCGGGCGCGACAGCACAGCGACACCGACUCGACGCCCAACAAGCCGGACAUACUGCUGGACAUAAACGUGCUCAGCGAGCAGAACGCGGCAAGUGCGGCGGAUGGCAAUGGGCUACAGCUAAUCGACUUUGGCAGCGAUGCGGUUGUCGGCGUUAGCGUCACUGAUGAUGAACUGGCCCAGCUAGCCGAUUGCUUUGCCGAGUCACCUAAGCAGCCGGCAACACCGCCGCCAUCGCUGUCACCGCCGGAGCUGCCCGAGCAAAGUGGCAUGCUUAUUACGAACAGCUCGGAGCUGGCCGAGAUCUUUCGCUCGCUGAGCUUUCCGAUGGGCGAGCAGUCCAAGUCCAGGCGUCAGGCGGCGCCGCAGCGCAUGAGCACGCUGAGCGAUCAGGUGUGCCCCAACUAUAUGAUGUCCCCACCGAAUACGCCAGCAGCUGUGAACGCAGCCGUUGCGGCUGCUAACUCAUCGCAAUCGGCGUCCAUCAACGUGUACUUCUUGUCGCCGCCGCCGCACGCGGCUGGCUAUACGCCAAGUGACACAUCCACCGUAUCACUAGACGUGGUCACCACACUGCCUGUGCCGCAGCCAGGGACAGCUACACAGUACCAGCAGCAGCCACCCAACAUAUCACCCAAGCCCGAAAUCAUACUUGACUCCACACUCUCGCCAGUAGACGGCAGCGAAGGCCACGGACUGGCCGAGCACAAGGAUAUCACCUCACCCUUGCUGAAGCGUAAAGAUAGCGCCACCGACACGGAUGUGAGCGCUUCCGGCGGCCGACAGCGCUUUCUCACUGGCUACGAGGGUAUUCAGACCAUGCGGAAACGACAAGCGUCGGUGGUCACCUAUGAUGUGAACGUUAUCAACUUCUCCCAGGAGCAAAGCGACAGUCGCAGCUACAUUCCUAUGGGUCGCGUCUCCACCAGUUCGGCAAAGCACGAAUUUUCCAAUAAAUCCUCACUGAUUCGACGCGGUGGCAUCUGCAUUUUUGUGGAUGAAGACGAGGCCGAUAUUAUUGAGCAAAGGCCGCACGGCGUUACUUUUGCCCCGGCCGCCAACCCGGCGCAAAAGUGUCCGCUCUGUGGCGCCGACAUCAGCGCCACCACAACCGCCAAUACCACCAACACCACCACCACCACUACAACCACCGACACCAACACCUCAGUCAGAGCAAGUAGUAAUCGUAGUAGUAACGCUCAGGCCCCAGCUAUGACUCCGGCUCCGGCUACAACACCGGCUCCGAUUUCAGGGCAGGAACAACCCUCGCGCACGCGCUCACGCUUCUGGCACAAACAAUUGGCGGCGCUCGUAGCAUGUUGGCAGCAGAGCAACAACCGGAAGCAGCGCUAUAAAACCGGAUGUAGUCACUGUGGUGCAACCGGCGGCUCAGUGCGACCCGCGAAAGGUUGGAAGGCCGAGCACAAGGCCGCUCGCACUUUGGGCAUCAUUAUGGGUGUGUUUUUGCUCUGCUGGCUGCCCUUUUUCCUUUGGUAUGUCAUCACGUCGCUCUGUGGCGCCUCCUGCCCCUGCCCGGAUGUGGUUGUCGUGGUACUCUUCUGGAUUGGCUAUUUCAACUCAACACUUAAUCCGCUCAUCUACGCCUAUUUCAAUCGAGACUUUCGCGAUGCCUUUCGCAAUACGCUGGAGUGUGUGCUACCCUGCCUGGAGAAGCGCAAUCCGUAUAAUGCUUACUAUGUCUAGAGUAUACAAAGAUCCAUAAAUGCUACCAAACGAUGCCACUGUAAGUGAUAUUAAAUACUCUUAGCUACUUAGCUAAUACCAAAUAAAACGUUAAUCAUACAAAAAAAAACUCUGUUAAAGCCUUCGAGCUAAGCAAUACUCAAUUAUGUGUUUAUUAUGUAUAAGUAUUUAUGCAAUUGUACGUAUGUAUUUAUAAGUAAGCAUUACGCUAAGCUGGGAGCUCUUAACUUAAUGGAUUCUCUGGCUAUAUCAUGUCAAAUGUGUGUCUAUUAAGCAUAUACGUAAAACCUCUUUGUCCCUAGUAUAAAGAAAACUCUCAAAACCGAAGCAAUUGAACAAGCCACUAGAAAAUAAAAAAGAACUAAGAAAAUAUAUAACUACUAGAAAAAUAUAUAACUACCUAAAAGUAGUAAUCCUUCGGCGAAUUUUCGAAGCUUUUCAAAUGUCCGAUUGCUGUAUUCCAAAGCUUAAAUACAGAACUCUCUUAAGUCAAAUUUAAAAUAUGACUCAAUUGAUAAUGCUUUAAAUAUAAUGAAGUAUACUAUUCCGUUAUUAUAUUAAACAAAUUGUUACAUUUUCAACUUAGUGUUUGAAACUCUAAUUAAAUUUAAAACGGUGAAAAUAAACGGAUCAUGCCUAAUAAAUGCAAAUUGACCCACAAAAAUAGGGUACUACAAUGGUAAAAAUCAGUUUAAGCCAAUCAAUAUCCUGUUUCCAUUUUAAAAACUCUUGAAAAUGGAAUAAAACUGGAUCCUAAUUUUGUGUUAAGCGCGUAAGUUAGAUUAAUAGAUAUUGUUCGUCUUGAAACAAACAUUAGUGUUAAGGUAUGCAAUCUAAAUUGAAUUGUUCGCGUCAUAAAGAAUAAUCCAGCUUAAUGACAAUCUAACAAAACUAACAAAAAAGAAAUGAAAACCGCAAUGAAGCAACUUUAAAAUGCAAAAGUUAUCAGACGUAGCAACUUUUAUAAUUUGCUAGAAAACGUGAAUAAAUUACUUGGUUUCCUUUUUUAAGUUAAAGCUACUUUUGUGAUACCUAUUAAGGGGAAUUGAUUUCAUUUUUAGUUCAAUUUGGUAACGAUUUCUGUACGCAUUGCAAGUUUAUGUUUUAGAUAAAGCGAAUGAAAUGUAAACUCGAUAUAUAUAUAACAUAUAUACAUAUUUUAUUUCUAUGUAUUUACUUGCUGAAAACUAACUAAUUAAGAG